AACCAAUAUAAUGGCAGGACUUCGAAGACUGGACGCCUUUCAAAAAGUGCGACGAGAUGCCCAAUCGAAAUCGGCCUUGGGUGGGAUCAUUACGCUGGUAGCCAUUUCGGCAGCCAGCAUUUUGUUUCUCUCGGAAGUCUACAUUUAUUUACGAGGCGUCACCCGGCAUUCGUUGCACUUGUCGGAAUCGACCCAUGUUCCCUUGACGCGUCAAUCCGCCAAAAUGCCGGGCAAAAUUCGCCUUCAAUUCAAAAUUACCUUUCCUCAUUUGACUUGCCGUAAAUUGGAUUUUGCACUCGACGACGCCAGUCAUGGUGCGGGGACGCUGGAAAAAGCAUACGGACGACAAUCGCUCACAUUGCGGACACCGACUUUGAGUGAACUGAAAUUGGCAAUGGAGACGGGAGCCACACCGGCAGCCACACGACAUGGUUGUACCAUCCAAGGCGAUCUCAAAAUACCCUUGGUGGCGGGAGAAUUUGCCAUUUCCAUUACACGACGAACGUGGGCUGAAGCCACUUCCACACUGCUAUUGGGUCUAUUGGACGACCGGCAACUUCCGGAUGCAUCCUUGCCGCAAAAGUCGGAAUUCAACGUCAGUCAUUACAUUCACUAUAUCCGAUUUGGAACACCGUUCCCAAAAGCCAAGGAUGCACCACUGGAAGGACGAUUGCAUAGGAUUCAAAACAAAAUGGGCGGCAUUGCUCUGCAACAGAUUCAUGUCAAACUGAUACCCACCAUUUAUCAGCGAUUUCUGAUUGCCAAAAACACCUAUCAACUUUCGGUGGUGGAUCAGACCGUACAACCCGAAACAUUGGUGGCCAAGGGGGUUCCUCUGUUGCCGGGCAUUGCCGUCAGUUACGACUUUACGCCUCUGGCAGUCCAUCAUGUGGAAAGUCGAGAGAAUAUAUUUGUAUUUCUGUCGUCCUUGGUGAGCAUUGUCGGAGGUGUCUUUGUCACGGUGGGAAUGGCCACUGGUCUGCUGGUACACUCCGCAGCCGCCGUGGCCAAAAAGUUGGAUUAGAGUCGUCCAUUACUAGACUAGAAGGAGACAAUGGUACAUUUUUGUAUCAACUAAAACAGUUCGUUUGCAGCCAGUCCGGAGCAUUCGUCUCAGAGAUUCUCAGGUUUGCGUGUCACAGUGCCGGCCAUUGUGGAGCCUCAAUUUGUGGCUGUGCUGUCACUGUUGCAUCGCUGUCGUGGAGGAUGAACAACCGAUGGACCGAAUCUAUUGCAAAGUCUAAACGCAAAUCUCAGUUUAGCUCUCUAUUUAUUCGUGAAAGAUUGUUUCCAGUGACGCCAGAUGGUUUCAGGUCAAUGGCAGCAAGCCAAUGAUGACCCAGGGAAACUGGUUCUUCUGGCUACUUGGACCUUGCUGGCUAGUGGCAUUCCAUAAAUCCAUUGCAAACACCGGUACAAUUGCAUGUCAUGAGGCUACAAUCAAUCCAGAUCUGAAAUAGGAAUGGCAAGUCACAAACUUCCUGAGGAAUAGACCCCGUGAGAGCAGUUUCAUUCAGACGGAUGCCUUCCAUG